CAUAACCUCAGGUAUGUGUUGCUUUCUGGAAGUGAAAGGGUGGAGAUCACCUGAAAGUUUACAUCUGUCAAAAACCGCAUUCAGUCUUUAACUUGUUCCCGAACUACCAUUCAGAUUUACAGACAGCGCCUCAUAUAGUUUGUGUCUAUAGUGAUGGCAGAGGCUCACCAGGCAGUAGCGUUUCAAUUCACAAUCACUCCUGAGGGCAUCGACCUACAUCUCUCCUACCAAGCCCUUAAUCAAAUCUACCUCUCCGGACUGAGAUCCUGGAAGAAACGCAUCAGCAGGAUUAAGAACAGAAUCAUUAAAGGCGUAUACCCAGCUAGCCCAUCCUCUUGGCUUUUUGUUGUAAUAGCAAUCCUGGCAACUAUCUACAUGCAGUCUGAUCCAUCUAUGGGCCUCAUUGCUAAGAUUCAGGAGCACCUGCCCCUCAGUCUGUCAUUGAGUGCUCAAGGCCAGACUGUGCUGUCGGUGCUGUUGUUCAGUACUCUGCUGUGGAUGUCUCUCAUUCUGGCUCUGAGGUUCUGCCUAAAACUUCUCCUAUCAUACCACCGAUGGAUGUUCGAGCAACAUGGACGCAUUUCUACCAAGACCAAAGUCUGGGCGACCCUAGUUAGGUUGCUGUCUGGUAGAAAGCCAUUACUGUACAGCUAUCAGACAUCUUUACCACAUCUGCCUGUACCUCCCAUUAAAGAAACUUUGGAAAGAUAUCUGGAGUCAGUGAAACCACUGCUUGAUACGGCUGGUUUUCAGCGAAUGACAAGACUGGCUGCUGAGUUUGAGAAAAGUCUGGGUAACCGGCUACAAAAAUACCUCAAACUUAAAGCGCUGUGGGCCACAAACUAUGUUAGCGACUGGUGGGAAGAGUAUGUUUAUCUGCGGAGCCGGGGUCCCAUUAUGGUCAACAGUAAUUAUUAUGGCAUGGAUUUCCUGUAUGUGUCACCAACGACUAAUCAGGCAGCUCGAGCUGGGAAUACCAUCACAGCCCUGUUUCUGUAUCGCCGCAAAGUCAAUAGAGAGGAGCUCAAUCCUAGUCGUAUUCCUGGUACAGUCAUACCGCUGUGUGCAGCUCAGUGUGAGCGCAUGUUCAACACCACGCGCACGCCGGGAGAGGAGACUGAUGUCCUGCAGCAUUGGCAGGACAGUGAAUUUGUGGCCGUGUACCACCGGGGCCGGUAUUUCAGAUUAUGGGUUUACCGAGCAGGACGCCUGCUGUCACCCAGAGAGAUCCAGUACCAGAUUCAAAGGAUCUUGGACGAACCCUCACCUCCUUCUCCAGGAGAGGACAAACUAGGGGCACUGACAGCAGGAAACAGAAUUCCUUGGGCUCAGGCCAGGAAAGAGUUCUUCAGCUCAGGACUGAAUAAGAGGUCUCUGGACUGCAUUGAAAAGGCGGCGUUCUUCGUUGCCCUGGACGACGACGAGCAAGGCAUGAGGGGAGAUGAUCCUGCCGGCAAUUUAGAUCGCUAUGCCAAGUCCCUCCUGCAUGGCAAAUGCUACGACAGGUGGUUUGAUAAGUCGUUCACUGUGGUGGUGUAUAAGAAUGGCAAGAACGGCCUCAACGCUGAACACUCCUGGGCAGACGCUCCUAUAAUGGCUCACGUGUGGGAGUAUGUGAUGACAACCGAUAGUUUCCAGUUGGGUUAUAAUGAAGAAGGUCACUGUAAAGGAGACGUGGCCUCCUCCCUGCCUCCACCUACUAGACUAACCUGGGACAUACCUGCCGAGUGUCAGGAGCGUAUCGAGCGCUCUCUCGCCGUAGCUCAGGCUAUAGCCGAUGACGUUGACUUCCAUGUGCUGCCGAUACAAGAGUUUGGAAAAGGUGCCAUCAAAAAGUGUAAAAUCAGCCCGGAUGCCUUCAUUCAGAUCGCGCUACAGUUGGCCUAUUUUAGGAAUCGAGGCACGUUCUCUCUGACUUACGAAGCGUCUAUGACUCGUUUAUUCCGCGAGGGCCGGACUGAGACGGUGCGCUCCUGCACCAGCGAGAGCUGUGCCUUUGUCAGAGCCCUGGAGGGCGGAGAGAGUAAGGAAGUGUGUCGGCGUCUCUUCCGCACGGCAUCUGAGAAACACCAGAAUCUGUACAGGAUGGCGAUGACGGGAGGAGGAAUAGACAGACACCUGUUCUGCCUCUACAUCGUGUCCAAAUACCUGGGAGAGGAGUCACCGUUCCUUAAAGAGGUGCUCUCAGAAACGUGGCGUCUGUCCACCAGUCAGACUCCUCUUCAGCAGGUGGAGCUGUUUGAUUUCGUUAACCACCCGGAGUACACCACCUGUGNNNNUGUUGCAGAUGAUGGUUAUGGCGUGUCUUAUAUCAUCAUCGGAGAAAACAUGAUCAACCUGCACAUUUCCUGCAAACACUCUUGUCCUCAGACCGUUAGUACACUAGCAUGCGCUUUUUUCAUUACCAUUUUUCUGAAACCAUAUGGAAUUAAAAAAUUGAGACUGAAUUUAUAAAAUGGCUUUUUGUUAAGCUAGUUAGGAUAAGCACAAACUAAACUUUAUUUAAUUGGAAAAAAUAUAUAUAUAAAUGCUACAUAAUGAACUUUAAACUUAAGCUUAAAUUACAACAAGAGCUAUUUCCUUGGCAGGUAACUGAUAUAUAACAAAUGUACUAAAUAUUAAAUCUGAGG